UGAAAGUAUGCAAAUGUUUGAUGACGAAUCACUGUUUCUUAUAGUUGUUUAGAAGUGAAAAAUCAAAUAUUUUAGGAGUGUUAACACCCGCAUUACGUUGUUUUAACAUCUAAUCAAACUGUUAAAUACCAUCAAAUAAAAAGUCAUUACGUCAUGGUAUGAGGGAACCGAACAAUUUUGAGGAAGUUACGCCUGUUCGGCUUAAUACUUCCGAACUAAGAAUCAUGGCUCUUCGGCAGCAGCAGCAAAUUGACACACAACAGCAGCUACUAGCUGCGAGAGAACAACGUUUGCGCUUUUUAAAAGCCCAGGAAGCGUGCGAUACUGUCGCAGCCGUCGAAGGCGAACGCUUGCGUAGACUUCGCGAACGUGUUGAGGCACAAGAAUCAAAACUGCGGCGGCUGAGGGCUUUGCGGGGUCAAGUGGACCUACAGAAAACAUACAAUGUUACAUUAGGAAACGAUUUGGACUCAAUAAGGGCGUUGUUUAGUGAAAAAGAAAAAGAAUUAACAUUGGCAGUUGCUAAGGUUGAAGCCCUGACAAGACAGCUGGAAGAUCUCAGGCGCGAUCGUAGGGGUGCACUAAAUUUAUUUUCUGGAAUCCCUAAUAAUCCACAGAUCAACAAUUCUCCAGCUGCUUUGGAACUCGACAAAUUACGCAGGGAGCUUAUGUACCGCAAUCAACUUUCGCUACAGCAAGAUGCUCGACUUCAUCUGCAAAGAGAAGCUUUACAAAAAAGGCAAGCCGAGCUUCAAUCCGUCGAUCAACGCAUAUUAGAGCUCCAAGGAAGGCUUCACAAGAAAAGAUCAUCAAUUAUGCUUCAGCAUCAACAAAACUCUCCUCAGAACUCACAAAACAAUGUUAUCAUUCCAAAUCAUACUAGAUCCAUAUCAUCAAACUUUUAUCCUCAACAAAGAGUUCCACGCAGCAAUAUCGUAGCUGUCGAGCCAUUCAGUCAUAUCCCUCAAAAGACUACUGCUUUGGGCAAUAAUGGAAACAAAAUAAACAUCAUGAAUAAUUCUGGUAAUUCUACCAUUCAAGGGAUGAUACCUAAUUCGCUGUCGAAUGAUUUAUCUAAUUGCAAACCUCAGCACACAAGACAAUUGUCUGCUGAGCUUUUUACAACCAGCUCUCUCAACGAUAAUGAUAUGGCUCCAGAGAGUGAUGAAAAUAAAUUAGCAGCCAAACAAAAGAAACAGGAACAUCUUCUUAAAACCGUACAACAAUUUGAAAAUGAAGCUUCGAGUUCAACUCUUCAAGCUCUUUUAAUGGAAAACAGCAAACUGCUGAAUGGCUAUGAUCAAACUAACAAUAAUAUCAACAAUUCACAGGUGGAUGAAUUCAUGUUCGGAGGCAAAUAUUAUAAUACUGAUCGUUCUACAGACAAUAUUGGCAAUAUUGAUUUGUUAGACAAUAUCCAACAUGCCAGUACGAAUGAUUGCGAUAGCGAUAAGGUAUCUGAUAUGAAUGGGAUAUCAACAAAAGCUACUACUGUGCAUAGCACACCAUUAAUGUUUUUGAAUAAAUCUGUGGCAACACCAGUAAGAGCUGGCAAUUCUUCAAAUUCUGGGCUCGAAGAUCAAAAUUUGUCAACCAAUCCCAAGUCGACACAAGGAAGCAAUCGGAACUUUGCUCAUAAUCUGAUACACACCAUACCUUCCGGUAAUCUAGUGGUUCCCCCUCGCAAACCAAAUAACGUUGUAUCGCCCAUGUCCAACUCGAAACUCAUAUCAUCCGAAACAAAGGUGAAUUUUGUCAUUCCCCAGGCUCAAUUGAAUCACAUAUCACAUUCUGCAGAAUCUGCUGACAAAUUAAAACCAGCUUUACCUCCAAAACCCUACAAAAAUAAUAAUCAAAAUCAAGAAACAGACACUCAAAACUUUUCGGAAUCUAAUAUCGAUCAGUCUGGUAACAAUGCGUCCAACAAUGCAUCCAAGUUAAACAACAACAUAUCAGAUAACUUGCCAAUCAAGGCGAAACCAUUAACGAUUAAAAAAUCCCCAUACUCUGAGCAACCGAGAUUAAAGCAACAAUCAAAUAAUGGUAAUUCUUAUAAACUCCAACUCCCUGGAGUACAUCGCAUGGUUGACAUGCACAUGUUGGCAGAAAUGAAAAAAUCAGAGGAAAAUGAUGCAUCAGGGGUCACUCUUAAAGAAUCGGAGAAAAAUGAUGAACCCUCCAAACUAUCCGAGCUAAAUGGUCAAAAUCAACGCGGCUUCAACAAAACGGAUAACUCAGAAGAGCGCUCGGAACAACAUCAUUUACAGGAAAAACGAUUGGAUGAAAUUUCUCGCAGAAAACGUAGUUUCGUAUCGGCUGUCAUCAGUGAUGGCAAAAUAAAACUAGCUCGUCGGGUCAGUUUUGAUCCCUUGGCCCUGCUACUAGAUGCCAGUUUGGAAGGAGAGCUCGAAUUGGUUCAGAAAACUGCUUUACAGGUUCCGAAUCCUAGCGCCGCAAACGAUGAGGGAAUAACAGCGCUACACAAUGCCAUCUGUGCUGGUCACGUUGAAAUUGUAAGAUUUUUAGUUGGUUUUGGAUGUGACGUUAACGCUCAGGAUUCGGAUGGGUGGACUCCCCUGCAUUGUGCUGCCAGCUGCAACAACCUGUCGAUGGUAAAGUUUCUAGUAGAAUCUGGAGCUUGUCUUUUUGCGGCCACACUUUCGGAUCAUGAAACUCCGGCAGAAAAAUGCGAAGAAGAUGAAGAAGGCUUUGAUGGAUGCUCUGAAUAUUUAUACAGUGUUCAAGAGAAACUUGGUAUCUUGAACAACGGAGAAGUAUUCGCAGUGUUUUGCUAUGAUGCCCAACAAGCUGAUGAGCUGACCUUUUCCGUAAACGAUAAAUUGACCGUUGUCCGGAAAGGUGAUGAAUCGGAAAGAGAAUGGUGGUGGGCUAAAGAUGUAACUGGUAGAGAAGGCUACAUUCCAAGAAAUCUACUUGGACUGUUUCCUCGUGUUUCGCACUCGAAUGACAAUCAAAAUGAAUAGCAUUUAGUAGUAGUUGUACAUAAAACUGUGUAUUUUACAAACUAUUGAAUAUGACUACAAUAAAAGUUUCAUUUUUAAUCAAAUCAAA